UCUCAACUAAUGUCAUGUGACCAAGCUAGUGACGUGUGCGGAAGUAAAAUAGCACAGGGCACGCAGAGGCAGAACGUUGAAGAAAUGUCUGUUUUUCCCAAGAUUUCUCUGAAGCCCGAAGUGGCUGAUUUUCUCAAGAGUGUCUUCGUAAACAAGGAGGUGUUGGCUGCGGUGGACCAUCAGGUGGCAGAGUGUCGCUUCCAGAAGCUGCUCACAUGCCUGUCUCACCCUCCUUCGUACACUUGUGUCCGGGCCAGCACACAUCUGGCUCCGCUGGAAGAGAUCAGACACAAGUUAGGAGAGGAGCUGAAAAAGCAGCAGAUGUGCAGCUCAUCAGCAGAGGAGGUCUCCGUUCAGAUUCUUCCUCACCCGCGAAUUCCAGAUGUGCUGCUCCUUCCUGUCGACGGCCCGAGACCCGUGGAGCCGCUCAGCUCGGAGGUGGUGGUCGAUGCUCAGUGUGGCAGUGCUGUGCUGAGAGGAGCUCAUGUCUUCGCCCCAGGGAUCGUCGCCAGCCCAAAGUUCAUGAAGACUGGAGAUCUGGUGUCUGUGUUCUCUGACUUGGAGGGUAAGUGCACCCGAGCGGCCACGAGCUUCCAGGGAAAGAGAGUGUUUGUGGGAAAUGGAGUCGCUCAGAUGGACCGCUUCAGCCUCUUCUGCACAGACAAACCUGCCAAAGGAAUCGGUGUUCGGAUGGUGGAGCCACUUUACCAGAGUCCUUCCUUUGAUGGUGUCCUACCCAGCCUGGCUUUCCUACAAAACCUUCCCUCUGUGGUCGUGGGACACGUGCUCGGUCCUCGACCCGGAGAGCGGAUCUUGGAUAUGUGUGCUGCGCCCGGAGGGAAGACGAGCCACAUCGCCGCGCUCAUGGGGGAUCAGGGCGAGGUCGUGGCCUUGGACAGAAUCCGAAAUAAGAUCGAUCGGAUUCGUGAAAACGCCCAAAUGUUGCACCUGCGUUCGAUCACAGCGUAUUGCUUCAACAGCACUCAGGCAGUGAGCAGCGACCCAGCACACACUGAAGGACCUCCUUUCCCUCCUGAGAGUUUCGACCGCGUUCUGCUCGAUGCCCCCUGUAGCGGACUCGGACAGAGACCCAACAUGGGCACCACCUGGGGCCUGAAGGAGAUCUGCUCCUACCAGCCACUGCAGCGCAAGUUGUUCCACGCUGCAGUGCGGUUGCUGAAGAAAGGCGGUGUUCUCGUGUACAGCACCUGCACGGUGACUCUAGCGGAGAACGAGGAGCAGGUAGCCUGGGCCCUCGAGACCUUUCCCUGCCUCACGCUUCAGCCUCAGGAGCCUCACAUCGGCGCAGAAGGCAUGCUGGGAGCCGGCCUGUCACCUGAGCAGCUGCGCCUCCUCCAGAGGUUCAGUCCCGAGCUGAGCUGGGAGCAGACGGGAACGACGGCCCUCUCCCGCAGAGCCGACAGCGACACUAUCGGCUUCUUCAUCGCCAAGUUCCUGAAAGGCUGACCGGAGGGCAUGUUUUGUCUCUUACAGCGCCGUCGGCUCUCGCACGAGACUGCAGACGGGAACAGUGGUGUUUAUAUUACGACGCUCUGUGUGCUUUGACGGAGUGACGGUGUUGACAAAGACGCUCACUGCGCCGUUU